AUGCUUCUGCACGAGCAAUGUCGGCCAGUGACAUUAGAUGCUGACAAGGAGCUUCUAUCCAAAGGUGCUUUUCUCGUUUCACGAGAAGGUGUGAGCCAUGAUGAGCUGUGGUGGUCAUUAGACUUUCUCUAUGACAAAUUCAAGGCACAUGGUGCUGAAAAAAGGACACUCUACAAGUGGGUGCAGUUCUUGAAGCAAAAAGCGGAAUUUACUGAGUUUUGCAAUGAAGAAUUCUUUUGCCAGACGAAGCAAGUCAGUCUCCCGCAGAAUGCUUUGCGUGAGAACGUGGCUACAACAGCAGCCAUUUUGGCAUUUUUAUUUUUCUCACUGAAGGAAUCCAGAACGCCCAAGACCGUGCAACUGAUCAAAGAUUGGAUUGCUCCGCUUUGUGGCCGAGUGUGCUCUACGUUGUCAUGUUCUGUGAGCAUUGACAUUGAAGAUAUGCCUGCAUUGGUGCUUUCUCCUGCGGGUUUGAUCAAAGGGAUCGAGAACACAUUGACAUCCAGACACCGAACUUGCUUCCUGGCAUGGCAGAAAGAAUGGCAGUCAAUGUGUGCCGCCGGCGUUUUGAAUGAUGAAUUGGUGGGCGAGGCAGAUUCUGCGGUAUCAUUGCAGGAGCUGGUCCUCUUUGCUUUUUAA